AUGGAAUUAUAUGUAUAAUUCAUUCAAAAUUAAAAGAAAGAUGUCUUAACAACAAGAUAAUAUAAAUUCUUAGCAGAUGAAGCUAUUACAAGUGGAUCUGAUUAUGAUUAGGAAGCUAAACCUUUAGAAGGUUAUAAAAUUAAAGAAAAAAGACGCUUACGUCAAAAUCGCUAUAAAAGAAGAUUGUUAUCGGCAAAACAGACAUAAAAAACAAAGUUUAGUUUCAAUUGGGAUCGCAUUGCAAUUCGUUUUCGUAGAUUUUAUAAUAAGACAAAAUAAUUAGUAACUCUAAAAUAACCUUACACAUUUAGUCCAGAUGGUUCAAUGAAAAUGUUAUGGGACUUAUUAUGUCUAUUAUUAGUAAUAUAUGAAAUGAUAACAAUUCCUUUUUUAAUAAGUUUUGAAAUAGAAAUAAGUUAAAUAUUUUCAAGAGUAAGCACAGCCAUAUUUGUAUUUGAUAUUCUCCUUAAUUUUAAUACAGGUGUUUAUUUAGAAGGUAAAUUAAAUAUCUGUAGAAAAGCAAUAUUGAGGGAAUAUAUCAGUUUUUGGUUUUGGAUUGAUUUUAUUUCAACAUUUCCUUAUGAUAUAAUAAUGGAUGAAUCAUCUUCAUUAGUUUAAAGUGCUAAAUUAAUAAGAUUACUGAAAUUCUUAAGAUUUAUUAAAGUAUUAAAGUUAAUAAGGUUGGCAAAGCUAAAAAAAAUAAUAGAUAAAUUUGAUGAAAUAUUAUCAAUUAAGCCUGGUGUAGCAGCAAUAGUAAAUUUUUGUAAGUUAUUUUUUUUUGUAUUAUUUUUUGCACAUGUACUUGGUUGUAUAUUUCAUUAUCUUGCAUAAUAUGAACCAAGCGAUGAUUCUUGGUUAGGAGAUAUUUAUUUUUCUGAUUGGUCUAUAAGAUAUGUUAAUUCUUUAUAUUGGGGCAUAGCCACAAUGACCACUGUAGGAUAUGGAGAUAUAAGUCCAUAAACACCUUAAGAAAGAUUAAUUGGAAUACUACUUUUACUUAUUGCUUGUGGUGGUUUUGCAUUUACUAUGAAUUCAAUAGGAUUUGCACUUUAAGAAAUUGAUGGGUAAAAUAAGUUGAAAAAAGAGAAAAUUAAUGGCAUAAAUAGAUUUAUGAAAAAAGCUGCUAUUUCUAAUUAAUUAUAAAAUAGAAUUAGAAGAUAUAUUGAAUUUGUGAUGGAAUCUAAAUCAUUAGUAUUAUAAGAUUUAACUAAUUAAGUUUAAGUUGAAUUAGCCAAUGAUUUAAGAAAAUAAAUAAAUGGAAAAUUAUUGGGAUAUUGCGAUAUUUUGAUGAAAAAUAAUUCCUAAUAAUUUCUUAUCGAGGUUGUUUUGCCAAGUAUGAAAGAAAGAAUUUACAAUCCAGAAGAAGUUAUUUUUGAUGAAUUUGAUUUCUAAUAAAAUUAUGAUAUGUUUAUGAUCAAAUCUGGAUUAGUUGAUAUAUUUUAUAAAAAAACUGGUAUAGUAAUAGAAUAAAAAUGUAGAAAUGAUUAUUUUGGUGAAAUAAGUUUUUAUUCAAAUAUGCCAAGAUCUGCAAGUUCAAGGAGUGUAAAUUUCUCUAGCAUCUUUCAAAUUUUUUAAGUUUUAUUUUAGUAAAAUCUAAAAGGAUUCUAAGAUUCUACAUAAACUUAAUCAAACAGAAUUUUUGAUUUAGAAUAGUAUUAUAUGCUUAGGGAUAAGAUAGUAUUUCAUAAAGAUUAUGGAUCUAUUGGUGUGCGUUGUUAUAUAUGCUAAAUGGAUGAUCAUAUUGCAAGAGAUUGUGAGAAUUUACAUUUUAAUGUGUAAAAUUACUUUUUAUUUUAGAUCAGCCACACAUUUUAUUAAAUUUCUCAAAUAAUUUGAUAAACUACAUUAAGCUGCUUUUUUUCGUAGGGAUAGAAUUGAUUAUAAUGCAAGAAAGUGUAUUUAAUAAAUAAAAUCAGCAUAAUAAAGAUUUGAAAAUUCGAAAUUAAUCAAUACGAAUUAAAAAAAAAAGACAUAUUUAGAAGAUCUUCUUAAUAGUUAUAAUGUAGCUGAUGAAGAUAUAAUAGAAACUUAAUAUCCUGAAUAUCAGAUCUAUAAUCUCAAAUAAAAAAGCAGGAUUAAAAGUAUUAAAUAUUUGAAUGGCAAAAUGACCAAAAAAUAUACUUAUGUCGUCCCAAAUCCAAAUUUAACAAUUAGUGAAAAAUAUUUUGGAGGAAUAACAGAGAAAAUUGAUAAUUUUUUAAUUAAAACAAAAAAAAAAGAAAUACAAGAAAAAUUUAAAUAAUUUCAUCUAAGUUCACUUUCUAAUUUUGAUUAAAUCUAAGAAUAUACUCACUUUUAUCCUGAAAGUAACUUUAAAAAUGUUCUUAGUAAAUAUUCAAGUGCUUAAGAAAAAGGAUUCCCAAGACUUAUAGAAAGUGAAACACUUUUCGGUAUAGAAGAGUUCUAAAAUUAUUCUUAAUAUUACUGUUAUUAAUUAGAUAUAGAUGCAGAAAUUAAAAAUAGAAACAGUCAUGUCGAAUUGAAUUUUGAAUAAAUGAGAUUGUUAAAUAUGGAUAGAAGAUAGAAAAAAAAAGAAAAAGUAAUAAAAGAUGCAAACCAAUAAAUUUAAAAAUCAUUAGUUUAAUUAAAAGCUUAUAAAGCGAUUAAUCGUAGUUUUAGAAAUUUAUUUGUUAAAUGA